AUGGAUGGUACGACGUGGCUAUCUCGUGCCCAGUAUAGCCUGUAGGACUUUGCUGUAAUGGUCCGUAAAUUGCUGAACCGUAGGGAUAAUGAAAUCGCCGCGGUUGGCUCUGUAAACGCUUCGUUAUUACGCAUUUCUGUAUCCCUGCGGUCGCGCUUCAAGUUAUCAAACCGAUAUUUCUCCUGAUUAGUACACACUUCUAAUACAUUGCAAUCUUUCUAUAUAUAAUUUCAUAUUUCUUGUUGGUAUUGUUUAAUUAUAUGCAGCUAAAAUACUAAUGAUAGCGAAAAAGUAGCGAGUUCUUUCGCCAUAUUUAUAUGUUAUAGAACUAAAUUUUUUUUUUUUUAAUCGCAUAGAGAUAGCAGUAGUUUUUCUAAAUUAUGAAAAUCUUACCUCAUAUUAAUCAGAAAGGAACCUCUCGUGCUUGAAGAACAUUCACUUUUUGGUUAGAUUUCGCGUGUUACUCAGUGUCGUUACAAGACACUACCGCGUUUUAAACGGUUUUUGAGGUUAGAGACUGACCGACAAUUCAUUGCGGGAAACAUAACACGAACAGAAACACCAACAAUGUCGAAAAACGUUUCUUAAUGUCUCUGCAGUAAGAAUGCACCUCCUAUUACAAGGAAAGCACAUCUAGUCAAAGCACUUUUGACCCGAAUCGUGAAGGCAAAUAAGCGAUAUCGUAUAAUCGUUCCUUCGAUGGUCUUAAGUAAGUGCAAGCAGGUAGGUAAGCCAAGCAAAGGUAAAUAGGCGUGCCGCAAUGUUUGGAUAGAACUACCACCAGGUGGCACACCCACCUAAUUUCCCUAAUCUGCCAUGCAAAUCGACCACAUUAGGACUUCUCUUUACUCUGGUCACUAGAAAUUCCAUAACAGAUAAAGCUGUAAGCUGGCUGUACAAGCUAUUCAUCUUGAAAUAUUUCUGUCAAACAAACAAUAAAAGAGGAGCUUAUUUUAAACAGAAAUCCUACAAUAAGAUCCGAUGUCUAAUAAUUUUACUGUCAGUGUUAAAACGUCUACCAAUAACAGCCUAAUACCAACCUAUUGUUGGUAUAUAUCAGUCCAUUAACCAGUUGAAAGCAAAAUAGAUUUCAGGUGUCGCUGGCUGUUUUCUUAUUGGCUCGACAUUAUUAACGAACUUGGUCGUCCAAUUAUACAAAAUAAGCCGAGGCAGCUUAUUGUACGAAAGUGAAACGAGAACACGACCAGAUGAAAAGAGCAUCGCGAUUCUUCACAUGGAGCUCUUGUAAUUAUUUCGCGUUGCUCGAGUCUCUACCUACUUAAUGCACUGGCGUGAUGUGCACAUUAAUGGCGUCAUACACGAUAACCUUAGGCGCUAACAAGAAGUGACUGACGCUUGAACGUUUUAGAUUAGCCAGAUAGGUUGGUACAUAAACGAACUUCCGGUGCGUGUGUGAAUAAUGUGUAGCUGGUGAAAAAUAUUGCAUUUCUGAUAAUGCGCGGGAACCUUCUGGAUCGAUACUCCCAUGUUCCUUGCUAAACUGAACAAAGUUAAUCUUUACCGAUCAUGUGACACUACGUCGUGUGUUCCAUUUAAUAGACCAUCAAAUUAUCAUACUAAUUUAACGAGUUAUUCGCAUUCCACUAGAGUACGACGAGGAAAGAAAGUCGCGAAGUAAAAUUCGUGAUAUCUCGAUGUUCGAUUCGCAUAUCAAAAUUAUAAUUUGACAGAUAAUUUUGUACGUUGGAACUGGAGUUUACUUACGAGACCAAUUUUUAUCGAGUAAAUUAUGCUGGCAACAGAUAUGAUGCCACAUUUACUUCUUUGAAACGCAAUUCAAUUUCGAAAGCAUUUCAAAAGUUGAAACGUUGCUCAAUCGGUCGAAAGAACCAACGGUCGAGACUAUAAGUAUCUAUAGUAUAAAAUCCUUGAUAAAAAUAUCAGAGAAAUUUAAAACAUCUACUCCCAAGUGUGGUGGUUCAGAAGAAGCAACGAUGCUUAUCGCCGAACCGUCCAGUUUAGACUUUGUAAUAUUAUAUACGACUUUUACGGUUAACUGUACGUACGAUCAUAGAAACAAUAGAGGUGAGAUAGGAUCGCGAAACAGAAGUCGUGGAUUAUCGGGUAGACCAAUGCUCCUAGAUAUCCAGCGCGUAGGCUUGGACAGGGUCGUGCAGGAUACGUGGUGUACGUAAGAAUGGCGACGUGGGCCGGUGAGCUUUUCAUCAAGUGGGUUCAUCGGGGCCAAGAAGAACCUUAGGAAUGUGCUUGAUCUAAAGUGCUGGGAGACUCCGGUGAAUUAAGCCGAAAAGAGACAGAGAAGAUACGUGGAGAAACGGCAAAAACAUGAACCUCUUCCAUUAAUACUAUCUUGCUCUUCUCCUCAUUUUAUGCCUUCUAUUUUGACUCCUUGUUUCUACCUUGACAAAUAUUAUAUUUUUAUGCAUUGGGAUAUUAUUUUUAUCUUUUGCGUUUUUCAAUUUACAUUGCAAUCUAAAAUAUACUAAGAUUUGCUUCUAUUACAGUUUUCCUUCUAUUUUGACUAUUCUUAUAUAUCUAUCAAUAGCCAAUCUAAGCACAAGAGAUAGUUCACGAUUAAAGCCAUUCUAACUUUUUCUGAUAGAAUCGUGUGAUAGCAUUCGUUUAUUAAAUUUAAUCAAUAUUGCAUAAUAAUGUAUACAAAUAUGAAGUAUAGUUGUAUACAUAAGAAAUAGACGUGUAGACCGCGUGUAAGCUUAAGGAAUGUAAAACUAUCGAAAAUCAGUAACUUUAUCAGAAUUUUACCGAUGAGUUUAUCUAAGAUCAGGGAAUAUUUACUAGGCUUACUUUUUGCUGCUCGCGAGCAAACAUGACGGUGGCUGCGCAAGGGGAAAACAUUUAUCUGAUAUAUAACACGUUUAUAAGUUCCGCAGAGAGAAGCAACAUGAAACUCAAGCUAAAGUACUCAGCUUGAUAGGCAAUGAAGUGUAAGUGGAUAUGUUUCGUGGUCUGCUAAAACGCGAUGAUAUCGGGAUUCUCUUAUAUACACUGAUGAAAAUAAAUGGAUAAAUCAACAAACAUAGCCCUACUUAACACCCGCCAUUGUUUUUUCUGUUUUUUUUUUUUUUUUUUUGUUCAAAGAAAAGCGCCACAAAUACAUUUAUUUUUGUGA